AACUCGGCAUGGUAUUUUCCUCAUUGGAAAUAAGACCGAAUCGCAAUCUCUACUUCGGUUUCGUCGUCGUCUCCGCUCGGGAUCGGAGUUGGGAUUCGGACUGGGACUGGGAUCGGAUUCAUUGGAAGAACGAACGAAGGAUCGAUUGAUGGGGGGAGCGCUGCAGUACUUGGAGGAGCAGCGGAAUGCGCGGCCGGAGCUGGCGGAGUGGUACGACGCCAUGGCCGACCUCUACCAGAAGAAGCUCUGGCAUCAGCUCACUCUCAAGCUCGACCAAUUUGUCUCUCUUGCCAUCGUCCAGGCAGGCGAUUCUGUCAUUCAACUGUAUCACAACUUCAUUACUGACUUUGAGUUGAAGAUCAAUCUACUGAAACUUGCACAUUUUGCUGUGAUAGUUUCACGUCAGUAUUCAGAAAGGGAAGCUGCCAUUAGCUAUCUUGAAGGGGUGGUUGAAAAGCUGCAUGCUACUAAGGAGUUGCGGAUUGAGGAGCCUAUUCUUUAUGUGAAGAUGCAAAUAGCUGCAUUUAACCUUGAGCAAGGGAACCAGAAGGAGUGUCAAAGACUUUUAGAGGAUGGAAAGUCUAUGUUGGAUAGCAUGACUGAUAUUGAUCCUUCUGUUCAUGCUAGCUUUUACUGGGUAUCUUCUCAAUAUCAUAAAAGUCGCCAAGAAUUUGCUGAGUUCUAUAAGAAUGCUCUCCUUUAUUUGGCAUACACAUCAGUGGAAUCUCUUUCAGAAUCAUUUAAACUGGAUUUGGCAUUUGACCUGUCACUUUCUGCCUUGUUGGGGGAUAAUAUAUAUAAUUUUGGUGAAUUGCUAGCCCAUCCAGUUAUAAAUUGUCUUAUUGGAACCAAAGUGGAGUGGCUCUAUUAUAUACUUCAAGCAUUCAACACUGGCAAUUUAGCUCUUUAUCGAGAACUUUGUCAUGUUCAUGGUGCUUCUCUGAAUGCACAGCCUGCAUUGGUAGUAAACCAGAAGAAGCUACUGGAAAAGAUAAACAUACUUUGUUUGAUGGAAAUCAUCUUUAGUCGGCCUUCUGAAGAUCGCACCAUACCAUUAAGUAUUAUUGCUGAACAAACAAGACUUUCCAUAAAGGAUGUGGAAUAUCUUCUCAUGAAAAGCCUCUCCGUUCAUCUUAUUGAAGGCAUUAUAGAUCAGGUCGAGGGGACUGUCCAUGUAUCAUGGGUGCAGCCUAGGGUUUUGGGGAUGCCACAGAUUAAAUCCCUGCGAGAUCGUCUGGAUAAUUGGCUGGGCAAGGUGCAUACAGCUUUAUUAUCAGUUGAAGCAGAGACACCUGACCUUGUGGCUUCAUGAUGCGUGUUUCAUGGUCCUCUGUAACAAUAUGUUAUGCAGGAGACUGGAACAACGAAUGUUGUUGGUGCUCCUUGCUUUGGAGCCGUGUCUCUGUUUUUUUUUUUUUUUGCCUUUCUACGUUAAAAAUUUUGUGCAAGGGGUGGCAGCUGUAUGCUGACUGAGGCCUGUAUCAGGUCUGUCAUUUCUCAAUUCUUAGGAAGUGCCAAAACAAAAAUACAUGCUUAGAAAGACGCAGGGAGCAGAGCAAAGAAAACGGCAGCUUGGUGAAUGUUUCGUUUGUUUUCAAGUUCAGCUCAUUAGACAUUUGUGUGAAAGAACAACGCAUGCAUGCUUUGAUGACAAUGCAAGAAAAUCUCUCUUGAAAGACAUUGCAAGAAAAAUGCUGCAGACUUUUUGUCGCAGUCGAUCACCAUCAUCAUUAUCAUCAGUAUCAUUAUCUUAUUUAUCACUGUGCUGUAUUUUUAUUUAUUUCUGGAACAAUAUGUACGUUCUUAUGUACUUUUAGAAAUGCAGGGAUUCUUUGAUUUAGAU